CACAGCUUGUGCUCUUCUAAGCUUGCAGCCAUGGCAAAGGAUUUGGGAGCAGUUAACAAUUCUGUGUGGCAGCCAUCAUGUCAGAUAUACACCCUGUUCAGGAGCUCCGGGAUGAGCUGGCUUGUCCCAUCUGCCUGGAGUCCUUUAAAGACCCAGUGAUUCUAGAAUGUGGGCACAAUUACUGCCAAGCCUGUAUCACUGACUGCUGGGGGGCAGCAGGCACAGGAGUUUGCCCCCAGUGCAGGAAAUCUCUCCCUGAGGUGGAGCUGAGGCCUAACAAGCAGCUGGAGGCAGUGGUGAACAUAGCAAGAGGCCUAGAUGGAAAAUGCAAGAAACAUGAAGAAGUUUUCAAACUCUUCUGCAAGCAGGACCGGAUCCUCCUCUGCAGGGUUUGCAGAGAGUCUCGAGAACACAAAACUCACCGAGUCAUUCCCAUUGAGGCAGCUGCAGAGGAGUGUAAGGAGCAGCUUCUGAGUCAUCAGAAUCAUUUUCAACGUGUGAGAAAGGAGCGAGGGAGACGGGCAGCUGCUGAAGAAGGGAAAUAUCAAACUCUACUGAGACAGACAGAACACCAGAAGCAGGAGAUUGUGUCUGAAUUCAAGCAAGUGCACCAGGUUGAGCAACUCGUGCGGAACCACCUGGAAGACACAAUACAGGACCUUGGGAAGACAAGGAAUAAAAAUACUAAGGGGCUAUUACUUCUCGAUAACCUGUUGGCUGAGAUAAAUCAGAAGUGCCAGCAGCCAGACAUUGAACUCCUCAAGGACAUUGACAGCACCUUAAGCAGGUGUGAGCAGGUGAAAGGUGAAGAGGAGGCACCUGUUGAUUCUUUGACUGAACUGGAGAGCAGGGUGCAGGCUCUCUCUGAAAGCCAGAAAGUUCUACGUGAUCUGCUGAAGCGUUUCAGAGAAUUGGCUCUGGAAUUGGGUCUUCUUGAAAACAUCUCGUCUGAGGUUCAGCGACAAGUGAGUGGUGAAGACCCAACGGAGGAGGUGCCCAACAACCCUAAAGAAGAGGACACUUCUGUUUGCUUGCUGGAGUGUCAGGAUAGCGAAUCCAACUCAGACAGUUGUGAGGAACAAGAAGUUGUCCCUACUGGCAAACAGAAUAAUUCAACUGACUCCAUAAAUGUUGAGGCAGAGGAAGCCAUAGUGUCUGAUCCUGUUCCAGACACCUCAUUCAUUAACAACAGUGUUGGCUUAAAUCUGCUUCACAAUGAGCAUGUGGUAUGUCGUCACGCAGGUCUCUGGUUUGAUUCCAAGUUCAGGAGACGUGGUGCAUGGAAAACCGUAGCUGCAGUUCUACUUGCGGUUAUCCUUAUCCCAGUGAUUGCUUGGUCAGUGUUGAAGGCCAGUGUGACUCCUACAGACAGUCCUGCCACCUGCUGCCCUGAAAAGUGGAUUGGGUACCAAGGAAAAUGUUACCUUUUCUCUGCGGAUGAAGCAGACUGGACCUCGAGCCAACAUUUCUGCUCUACCCCUGGUGCCUCCUUGGCUUGGCUAGACACCCUGCAGGAAAAGGAUUUCUUGAUGCGACACAAGGGCUAUCUUGAUGCCUGGAUUGGUCUCAGAAGGGAACCAGGCCAGCCCUGGAAGUGGCCAAAUGGCUCAGUAUUCAAUGACCUGUUUCAAAUAGGAGAAGGAGGAGAAUGUGCCUUUAUGUACAAAAACACUGUCAGCAGUUCAAGGUGCUACACACAGAGGAACUGGAUCUGUAGCCAACCUGAUGAGUUUGCAAAGAGAUUACUUAAGAACUAUUAACCUGUGCCGUUUUGAUUUUGCUGCUGCUUGAGGUACCAAGAAAGGCUUCAUGGGGUUUUUUCCCCCUGUGUGGUUUAUGUCACUUUAGAAACAUUGGGAAAUAUGCUGUUAAAUCUUGUCUCCCCAGUGUAAAGCUGGUGAAAAUGAGAAGAGAAUCAGUCCUGAGACUUCUUGCCCUUUUUACAAAGACCAGUCUGAAUCAGAAAUUUGGAAACCUAACUCUGUACUCCACUUUGACCUGAUAUACAAAGCUUUUAUGGAGAACUGCUUGAAAUGAUUUGUAUAUGAGCAGUAUUUUUUUCCAUUGAAAAAUGGCUAUUUUUCUACAUCAGAAAUUGUAAUCCAAAUUUUUUUAACUGGAAAAUGAAAAAUUUACAGGUGGUUUGGGGGAGUUUUUUUAGUUUAUUGUUUUUAAUUUCUCUCCUCCCCAUCAUCUUUUCUAUGUCUUGCCCCUAUUUAGUGACAAAGUGGAAGGUAAAACUGAAUUUCAAACCAAACAUUUUUCUAAAUUGAACUUUUUUGACAGAUUUUUAUCAAAAAUUUCAUAUAGAGAAACUUUCUAACUGGUCUUCCAUUUUUCACCCAGCUCUACUUUUGUGCUUGAUCUGUUUGAAGGGGGCACUGUUUAGCAAGGAAGAUAGCAGACAUGAAGGAAUUUGCUGGGGAGGAAGUCAGCAGGGUUGUGAGAGUCAUGGCAGAGGCAUUCAGUGGCAUGCAAAUGAGAAUGAAAUAACUGGAUGCAGGGGAGCUGGAACAGUGUGUAUAGUGGAGGUGCUGAGAGCCAUUGAACCAAACUGUGAACCUUGUAUAUAAUGGAAACCACUUCAAGCCAGGGACUGAAGUACCACUCCUAGUUCCAGGCCUAGGACUGGAUGUUGAGCAUAAUCCAGGGUCAGAAGUUAGUGUGCUGCCAUUUGGGUUGAGAGAAAGGAGUGGAGGAAUCAGUAACUAAAUGAAUGAUUAUGAGGAAAGAGAGAGAGAGGUUGGAGAGAGGCUGAAAGUAGUGGAGAUAUGGAAACUGAAAGAAAAGCCAAGUGGAGACACAGGUGGCAAGAAGCUGAUAUUAAAAUGAUGGUCAGAGAAGAGGAACUCAGAAGCCCAGGUCCACAGAGGUAUUUAGGCCCCUAACUUUGAUUGACUUCGGUAGGCCAGAGUGCUUAUUUGGUGAGUGAGAGUUGAUCUGGGGCUGAAGGUCAGGUGAAGAGGUGGGCGGUUAACCGGUCAGAGGAGAUGUCAGUGUGGGAGUCACCAAGGAUGAGGAUGGGAGACUGAAAGGAGAGGAAAAGGAGGCACAAAGUGUCAAAAUUAGAGAGGAAGGUCAAAGGUUGGUAGGAGUUGGAUGGAUGCCUAGAUAAGAUAGUAGGAAGUUUAAUGUUCUGUUUGGACCCAUUUUUUUUUCCACCAGCACCGACUGGUUUCCAUUCUGCUUCAGUGCAUUUCCCCUGCCCAACUUCCUUUCUUGUUUCCAGGGUUUGUAUUUUUUUGUUCGCAUUUUUCUUAGAUACAUGUUUAUAUACUGUUCCCAUGAUGACUGCUGUUUGCUGAUGUGCCCUAGGACCAAAUCCUGCCAGGGUUGAGUGCUAGUUGUAAGGUGCUGGGAAAUCAAUGAGCUCUCUAGGGCCACUAGAAGCGCUACAGCGGUGCAGCUGCACCACUGUAAGCUCUGUAGUGUAGCCAUAGCCUCGAUGAAAGGGGUCAUGUAUCAUCAGUUUCUUCUCCUAAUAGACACACUCCACAAGACCACAAAUACUGCUGAACCGCUCAGGCCAAAGGGGCAACAAAUUGUUUUAUUUCUUUGCUUCUAUUUGUGUAUGAUGUUAUCCGAAUAAAAUAUGACCACCUAGAUCAUUGUUGCAACCACUGUUAUAUACUUUCAACACAUUUUGUACAAAGGUAGUCUAGUGAGGUGUCUAUGGAAAGGUUGUAAUUUGCUGGUUAUGAUUAUGUUAUCUGUAUUUAUGUAUCAUUUUUGUAUUUGAAGUUAUGAGUAUUGGCUCUAUACCUGUAUUUCAAAUGUUUGCUCCUGGGAUAACUAACAAGGUAGUCAGUCAGGACAUCUUGAAGGAACCAUUCAAAUUGAGUGGCCCAUCAAAAGGACACUUAUCUCACAUUGGACCAUGGGAGAUGCCCAUCUACACUGAAUGGAGGACUGUCCUGUAAAUGUGCUGCCUGGAGUAUCGGUGAUGGCUUCCUGCAAUGACUGUGCAAAAUGCAUGGACAUGUGACUUGCCCAUGUGACUCCAAAUUCCAUAUUGCUCUUGUAAUUUUCCACAUUAAGAACAGUGAGUUUCCUUCCACAUGGGAGAAGAUAUAAAAGGCCCUGGGAACAUCUCAAUUUUGUCUUCAGUCCUAUUUCUUACCUUUAGAGGAACUUGACUACAAACUGAAGCUCUAAACAAAGGACUGAAUGACCCAUCCCAGCUGUGGAUGUACUCCAGACACUUGACUUAAGCCAGCAAUUUAUUCUAUCACUGCUAUAAGCCUGAGCCAAGAACUGUACAAUUAUUGUAUGUAUUUGAUCCCUUCAACCAAUUUUAAUUCUCCUUUCUUUUUGAGUAAAUCUUUAGAUUUUAGA